AUGGGCCAGGCAGAGUCCUCCGUCUUCUCCAACCUGGAGAAGAACUCGAACUUCUCGGGGCCCGAGCUCCUGCGACUCAAGAAGCGCUUCAUGAAGCUCGACAAGGAUGGUUCGGGGUCGAUUGACAAGGACGAGUUCCUCCAGAUCCCCCAGAUCGCGACGAACCCGCUGGCACACCGCAUGAUCGCCAUCUUUGACGAGGACGGCUCUGGCACCGUCGACUUCCAGGAGUUUGUAGGCGGCUUAAGCGCGUUCUCGUCCAAGGGAGGGCGCGAUGAGAAACUGCGUUUCGCGUUCAAGGUGUACGACAUGGACCGCGACGGAUACAUUUCGAACGGCGAGCUGUAUCUCGUGCUCAAGCAGAUGGUCGGGAACAACCUCAAGGACCAGCAGUUACAGCAGAUUGUCGACAAGACGAUCAUGGAGGCCGACAAGGACGGCGACGGCAAACUUUCGUUCGAGGAGUUUACCGACAUGGUCGCCAACACAGACAUUGUCAAGCAAAUGACGCUGGAGGACUUGUUCUAA